UUGGUGGUGUUCAACUUUUGGACUCCCCUUUACAGAGAGUGAGUGAGAGAGAAAUUCCAAGUAAAGCGCGCGAUUACUUUGAACUUUGAAGUAGCUGCUCCUUUCGGAAACCAUGAUGGAGUCAGGGAAAGACAAUGUCACCAAACUCACCGGUCAACGGCGCGUGGGUCUUCUCUACGACGAGAGGAUGUGCAAGCACGAGAACCUUCACGACGGUUACCAUCCCGAAACCCCCAACCGUAUUAGGUCCAUUUGGAACAAGCUUCAAUCCACGGGCAUUACCCAACGCUGUGUGAUUUUGGAUGCUAAAGAAGCUGAAGACAAAAAUAUCCUGUCAGUACAUUCCAAAAAACAUGUGAAUUUUAUCAAGAAAAUAAGCUCAGAAUCAGAUUCACGGAGGCUUAAGACUGCGUCAAAAUUUGAUUCGAUAUACUUCAAUGAAGGUUCAUCAGAAGCUGCUUAUCUUGCUGCUGGCUCUGCUAUAGAGGUUGUUGAAAGAGUGGCAAGCAGGGAAUUCAAUUCUGCUUUUGCAAUUGUUAGGCCUCCAGGUCAUCAUGCAGAACGUGAUGAACCCAUGGGAUUUUGUCUAUUCAACAAUGUGGCAAUUGCGGCAACGUAUGUCUUAGAGGAACGUCCAGAAUUAGGUAUUAAAAAAAUUUUAAUUGUUGAUUGGGACAUCCAUCAUGGAAAUGGUACACAAAAAAUGUUCUUGAAUGACUCUCGAGUUUUAUUCUUCUCUGUUCACAGGCAUGAAAAUGGGGGCUUUUAUCCUGCAAGUGAUGAUGGCUUUUAUACGAUGGUUGGAGAAGGAGCAGGUGCUGGAUAUAAUAUAAAUGUACCAUGGGAGAAUGGAAGAUGUGGUGAUGCAGAUUACUUUGCAGUGUGGGACCACAUUUUGCUACCUGUUGCCAAAGAGUUUAAUCCAGACAUGAUUAUUGUUUCUGCUGGCUUUGAUGCAGCCAUUGGUGAUCCUCUGGGGGGCUGUCGUGUUUCACCAUUUGGUUAUUCUGUCCUGUUGAAAAAGUUGAUGAAUUUCGCAGAAGGUAGGAUUGCAUUAAUUUUAGAAGGAGGAUAUAACCUUGACUCCAUUGCAAAGUCUGCGCAUGCUUGCGUGGAGGUUUUGCUUGAAGACGAGCCUAUUGUUGGUUCAUCUGAGGCCUAUCCAUUUGAGUCUACCUGGCGUGUGAUUCAAGCGGUUCGCCAGGAAUUAAGUUGCUUUUGGCCUACACUUGCUAAUGAAUUGCCACAAAAAUUAAUUUCUCAGAUUGCUCCUCCCCCACAUACUCUUAUCUCAAGCUCUGACUCCGAGACAGAGGAUGACAAGGGUCGGCAAAAUUCAGACCUUGCAGAGCUUCUACAGGAUGUCAUAAAACCACUUUCUGAGCUGAAGGUUGAUGCAGAUCAUAAGAUCGGUGAUAUGAAUUAUUGGCGAACAGAAUUAUCAGAUAUUUACAUAUGGUAUGCCUCAUACGGAUCAAAUAUGUGGAAUUCAAGAUUUUUGUGCUAUAUAGCAGGUGGACAGGUGGAAGGCAUGAAAAAACCCUGUUCUGGUUCACUGGAUAAAGCUUUGCCAAAGGCAAUAGUAUGGAAGACUUUUCCUUGCCAUACAUUUUUUGGCCGUGAAGCUUCACAUACGUGGGGUCCUGGAGGGGUUGCAUUUCUUAAUCCAGUAGAAACAUCUCAGUACAAGACACACAUGUGUCUGUACAAAAUUUCGAUGGAGCAAUUCAAUGAUAUUUUAUUUCAGGAAAAUGGAUUAAGCAUUGAUACUGGCUCUCCUUUACUUGAUAUAGCAACCCUGAAUGCUAUCUCUGAGAAGGAAUUCAAUUCUCAGGAGGUUAAGGAUGGUUGGUAUGGUAAUGUUGUUUACUUGGGGAAGGAGCAAGACAUUCCCAUAGUUACCAUGACGUGUUCGCUUGCUGAUAUUGAAGGCUUCAAAUCUGGGAAGCUACCAUUACGAGCCCCUAAUGAGGCAUAUACCAAAACCUUAAUUAAAGGAUUGGUAGAGGGCAAACAACUUUCUGAGUGGGAAGCCAUUGCUUACAUUGAAGCUGCUUCUAAAUCCUUAAUUUCCAGAUAGACAUGUGCCUUUUGAAAUGAGGUGUAAAUCUUAUUUAACAGUUUACAUAUAUUUCUAUCCCCAGCUUCGCAUACACCUCGCUUGUGGGCUGACCAUUUAUUAUUGCUAGGGCAUUCGUCAUGUGAUUUCCUGUAUAGUAUUUGAAGUUCCUUAAAUGUUGUUGACAGGAACUUACUCCAGAUUGAAUUGCUAAUAUAUAGUUGGACAGAACCUUCUUUCUCC